CUCUCUCCCUGUGAGUCUCUCUCUCUCUCUCUCUCUCUCUCUCUGUGUCUCACUGUCUCUCUGGCUCUGGUCUGCACACAUACAAGUCUGUUCUUCAGACAGAGAUGAUGCUCCAGCUGAUUGUCCUCAGUGUUCUCGUGUCUCCGCUCGUUCACGGGCUCCCGGGCUUCCAGGUGCGUCUGGUCGGUGGAAGAAACGAUCUGGAGGGUCGUGUGGAGGUCUUUCAUGAUGGCACGUGGGGCACUGUAUGUGAUGAUGAAGUGAACAUUAACUUGCCCAACGUCGUGUGUCGUGAACUGGGUUUCUCCCGCGGUCUCACGUGGGCACACAGCGCCAGGUUUGGUCAGGGUCAGGGUCCAAUCUGGCUGGAUAACGUCUUAUGCUCAGGCACUGAGGACUCUUUAUCAGACUGUCGGUCUAAUGGUUGGGGUGUGAGCGAUUGUACUCACGCUGAAGAUCUCGGUGUCAUUUGCAGUCCGGAGAGACCCCAGCAGGGUCACACGCCGCGGUACAACAAUUCAACACGACAUCAGACCUCAAAUAUUCCCUCAAAUUCUGCCCCGAUCGCACAGCCGACCGCUGGCUCCCCCCGCACGCGGGGGCAUGAAAUAGCCCUCCGGCGCAGCAGCCUAAGCCCGUCUUCUCCCCAUCUACAUGGACAUCGCAUCCAGCUGCGCAGGAACGGGUACGAAUACGAUGGCGUGACGCGCGGACAUGAAAACUCUCUGCCGAGAGGACAUCAGCUGCCCAAUUAUAUGCGCAACAGGGCCACAUAUAGACGGUCACAGGAAGUCCCCAACCCGCCGGCCAGUCAGAGCGUUCAACGCCAUCACCGAACUGAACCGGAGACAGUGGAGCCCAUUGAGCUGGACAAUAACAGGAUGGAUCUGGACUUCAAUGACAUCGAUGAGCAGUCUGCCGGAGGGGUGCGAGUGGAAGAAGCGCGUCUACGACCCGUUCUGUCAAGCACCCGAGACUCAGCCAUGGUAACUGAAGGUGUGUUGGAGGUGAAGCAUGCUGGGAAAUGGAGACAGGUGUGUAAUUUGGGCUGGGACCACAGCAGCAGUGGAGUCGUGUGUGGAAUGCUGGGAUUUCCUGCAGCAGAACAGUUUGACACGCGUGUGUAUCGGAAACUCUGGGAAUCCAAGAUGGAGGACACAGCCACAAGGGCUGCGGUCAGUAAGAAGAGUUUCUGGGUGGAGAGAGUUCAGUGUUCAGGGACGGAGAUUUCAUUGGCACAGUGCCGUGUGCGGCUUUCCAUUUCACGAAAUAACGUGCCCUGCAGCGGUGGCAUGCAUGCAGUGGUGCGCUGCGUACCUGGACCUCAGUUCUCCAGAAUCUCCACAACUGGACAGCCACAGGCCCCACCCCCUCUGAAUGCCGCGGUGCGAUUGAAAGCGGGUCCACGUCUGGGCGAGGGCCGAGUCGAGGUGCUCAGAGAGGGUAAAUGGGGAACCGUCUGCGAUCAUCUGUGGGAUCUGCGUGCAGCCACUGUCGUGUGCAGAGAACUGGGCUUUGGGUCGGCCAAAGAAGCCCUCAGAGGAGCAUACAUGGGCCAAGGUACUGGACCAAUCCACAUGAACUCUGUUGAGUGUUCAGGGAGAGAGAGAUCCAUCACACAGUGUCGCUUCCAGGACGUCCCACUGUACUCCUGCAAACACAAUCAGGACGCAUCGGUGCGAUGCAAUGUCCCCAAUACAGGACUCUACUCCACUGUGCGUUUGUCUGGGGGUCGGGAGGCAGCGGAGGGUCGGGUGGAGGUGCUGAUGGAGGUGAACGGUCAGCGGCGCUGGGGUUCUGUAUGCAGUGAGAAUUGGGGCAUUAAUGAAGCCAUGGUUGUGUGCAGACAGCUCGGCUUUGGCUUUGCUUCUACAGCUCAUCAGGAGACAUGGUUCUGGUCGGGGAACUCUGGAUCUGAGGAUGUUAUUCUGAGCGGAACUCACUGUGUCGGGACAGAGAUGUCCAUUCAGCAGUGCCGUCGAAACGGUCAGGUGUACUGCCCGCGAGGAGGCGGAGCCAAAGCGGCGGGGGUCACCUGUACAGAUGCCGCUCCUGAUCUGGUGGUGGAUGCUCAGUUGGUGCAGGAGAGCGCGUAUCUGGAGGACCGUCCGCUGCACCUGCUCACCUGCGCACAUGAGGAGAACUGCCUGUCAUCUUCUGCAGCUCGUAUGCACUGGCCGUACGGUCACCGGCGUCUGCUGCGAUUCUCCUCACGCAUUAUGAACCUGGGACGAGCCGACUUCAGACCACGAGCCUCCAGAGAGUCCUGGACCUGGCACCAAUGCCACAGACAUUACCACAGUAUUGAUGUCUUUACACAUUAUGAUCUCUUGACCCUGAAUGGCACAAAGGUCGCUGAAGGACACAAAGCCAGUUUCUGUCUGGAGGACACCUACUGUCCUGAGGGUCUGUCGAAACGUUACGCUUGUUAUAACAUGGGCGAUCAGGGCAUUUCUGUGGGCUGCUGGGACACGUACCGCCACGACAUCGACUGUCAGUGGGUCGACAUCACCGAUAUCCGUCCAGGUGAUUAUGUCUUCCAGGUGGAGGUUAACCCCUCGCUGGACAUGGCCGAAUCAGACUUCCAGAAUAAUGUGAUGCGCUGUCGCUGCAAGUACGACGGAGCUCGCGUGUUUCUCUACGGCUGUCACACAGGUGACGCGUACAGUGCAGAUGUAGAGGACCUGUUUGAGCACCAGCGUCAAAUCUCAAACAACUUUCUGUGAUGGAGAGAGUGAAACUCAAAGCGCAUCACAUACUUGAAAUCGUCUCCCACGCGUGUGUGAUGUCAUCUCUCUGGAGGCGGGGCUUAUGAUGGAGGGUUUUAAGUGUGGUGAUGUUCGCUCGGACGAGGGAUGGGUAAGGGGUGGGGUUGGUGUGAUGAUUGAUGGGUAGGAGUGGGGUUUUAUGCCUCAUUUAAAUAAUUUGGGCCAGUAUUUGUGGAGAGGACACAGUUUCCAACCUCAGUCACAUCUCAUCAGGUGUCUUUAGUCUGUGAGCUGCAUGUCAUAUUAUGAGAGUUUAAAGCAGCUGAUCUUAGUUUCAGUUAUUUCUGUGAAUUACCUGUUUAAGAUUCAGACAACAAAACAGCACACAUGUAAAGGAUGCUCGGUAAAUUUAUUUUAAAGAGUUUAUUUAAUUUAGAAAUAUAAAAUCUCACUUUCCUUGUGCUUAUAUCAGAUUAUCAUCCAGAAUGAUUUCAUUUAAAACAUUGAUUUAAUCUCUUAUCUUUUAUGUUUGUUUGUGUAUAUGAUCAUUUUCACCAGUCAAGUUUCUGGUAUUCAUAUAUGACACUGGUGUGAAGCAGGUUGAUGAAAUCUGUUUCUGGAAACAGUUCCUUGAAUCAGAAUGAGAUAUUCAGCCAUCAUUUCCAGCAGAUGUUUUUCUCUCUUCACUGAUGUUGAUUUACUGCCUUCUAUAUUAUUGAGAUAUUCAUGUUUUAUCCCAUGCAUCAGAUUAUACAGAUGAAAUCUGGUUUGUCUGUAACGUGUAACAUUAAACCUAACCUCAGUUUCUUGAAAAAAAUUCAAUGAAAAAUGUUUUACAGAUGGUGCUUCAAUACUUGAAAGCGUUUUCAUGCAGGGAAAAAUAAACGAUGACACAAAUACUUCACAGUAAUACUUGUUAAAGAAUUGAAUAAAUGUCCAUCAU